GGUCCUCUUGCGGUGACCCCGUCCCUGGAAAAGGAUUUCUGCUGCUCGAGUCGCGUUGCUCAGGCCCCGCGCGCUCCGGUUCUCACGGACCUGGCGACCCCGUCGUGUUCCCGUCUUCUUUCUAAGGACCCUUUCUGCCUUCCUGAGGAAAAGACAGAGGCAGAAAAGAUGGUAACUGACUGUCUGACAAAUUUUUCUCAGGACUCAGUUACCUUUGCUGAUGUGGCUGUGAACUUCACCCAAGAGGAGUGGAGUUUACUGGACCCAACUCAGAAAAGUCUAUACAGAGAUGUGAUGUUGGAGAACUACAAGAACCUGACCACAGUAGGGUAUCAGUUGUUCAAACCCAAUCUGAUCUCUCAGUUGGAAGAAGAAGAUUUGAGCAUAGUGGAGAGUGGAGUCUUCCAAGAAUGCAAAUUGCAACUUAAAACCAGAGACUCAACAACUCAGCAGGAUAUUUUUGGUGAAAAAACAGCCAAUAGGCUAGAAAUGGAGAGAAUCCACAAUGGGUGGGAACUCUAUGAUUGUGAGCACUGUGGGAAAGUCUUCAGUGAACAUUCAUGUCUUAAGACCCAGAAGAGUACUCAAAAUGGAGGGAACACUUAUGAGGAUAAUCAAUAUGGAAAAAGCUUGCUUACCCUACACAAGAAAACCUCUACUAGGGAGAAAUUUUCCAUGUUUAAUCAUUGGGGAAAAAAGAUCAGCCUGAUUCCAGAUAUUGUGUACUGGAAAACUAGCAUGCAAGAGAAAUCCUUGGAAUGCAGUGACAGUGGGAAAGCCUUUGUUAAUCAGUCUUACCUUCAGGCACCAAUGAGAAGUCACAAUGGAGAAAAACUCUAUGAAUGGAAGGAGUGUUCGAGAUGUUUUAUUCACUCCGGAAGCCUUGGUGUGCAUGUACAAACUCACACUGCUAACAGUCAUUACGAAUGUAAGGAAUGCAGAAAAUCCUUUGAACAGUCCACAUACCUUUACACACAUGUCCAAGUUCACACUGGAAGAAAACCCUUUAAAUGUAAGGAAUGUGGGAAGGCCUUUAUUAAGUCUUUUGAAUAUACUGAACAUAUAAAAAUUCACGCUGGAGAGAAGCCCUUUCUAUGUGAGGUAUGUGGAAAAUGCUUUAGAAAUUCUUCAUACCUUCAUGUUCACAGUAGAAUUGAAGCUGGAAUAGAACCCUACAAAUGUAAGGAAUGUGGAAAAGGCUUUAAACAUUCUUCGUACCUUAAAGUUCACAUGCGAACCCACACUGGAGAGAAACCCUAUGAAUGUAAGGAAUGUGGGAAAGCUUUUACUCAAUCCUCAGGCCUUACUGACCAUAUAAAAACUCAUACUGGAGAGAAACCUUUUAAAUGUGACACAUGUGGGAAAGCCUUUACUCUUUCCUCACAUCUUAAGAGACAUUUUAGGACUCAUACAGGAGAGAAACCCUAUGUAUGUAAGGAAUGUGGAAAAGGCUUUAAAACUUCUGGACCACUUAACAUUCACAUGCGAGCCCACACUGGAGAGAAACCCUAUGAAUGUAAAGAAUGUGGAAAAGGCUUUAAACAAUCUUCACACCUUAACAGUCACAUGCGAACUCACACUGGAGAGAAACCCUAUGAAUGUAAGGAAUGUGGGAAAGCCUUCAUUCACUCUGCAGGCCUUACUGUACAUAUAAAAAGUCACACUAGAGAGAAACCUUUUAAAUGUGCCACAUGUGGAAAAGCCUUUGCUCUUUCCUCAGAUCUUAACAGUCAUUUUAGAACUCAUACUGGACAGAAGUGUUUUGAGUGUAAUAUAUGUGGGAAAGCAUUUAGCAGUUCUGCAUACAUUUUCAUUCACGCGCGUACUCACACUGGAGAGAAACCUUAUAAAUGUAAGGAAUGUGGGAAAGCCUUCAGUUUUCCCAAUUCCUUCCGGCGUCAUGAAAGAACUCCUGGAGAGAAAUCCUACCAAUGUAUGGAAUGUUGUCAAGCCCUCAGUAGUCCCAGUUCACCUCAAAGACAUGAAAAGGCCACACUGCAGAAAUGUUCUGCAAAUGUAAGGAAUGAGGGAAAGCUGCCAGGAUUUCCUCACAACCCAGCAUGUAAUGACUCACAGUGAGCCAUACUAUUAAGAAACAUGGAAAGCCCUUCACUGUUUCCUCAUUGAAAUAUAUAUUUCUUAUAUGAGAGAUCUUACAGUGGAGAGGAAAUCCAACUGAUGUAAGAUAUGUGGGAAAAUUGUUAUUUUGCUAAUGUUCACUUGUGAUCUCUCUUUGGAGAAAAACUUUAUGAAUGUCAUAAAUGUAGAGUCAUUGUCAUUUUCCAUUAGAUUGUUUCUCAUCCUUAAUAAACAUGGGGUGAUUCACAGUCAAGAGAAACUGAAUAUAGAAAAUAUGGGAAAGGCUAUCCUAAGUGUGAAUCUUAGGGUCUUCUGAGAUGCAUAGCAUUCUUGGUGGUUCUAUAGAUCUAUUCUAAGCAUUUGUGAUUAGGCCCUGAACAUUCCUACGGAUGAUAUGUCUUUCUGCUGAUAGGCCAGUCUUGAUCAAAAGUGGGUCUACAGGAUUUAUACUUAAUCCUCUUCUAACCACCUGGAUUCUCUUCUUGGAUUGACUUGGUCUUUGUGAAGUCAGUGACUGCCUGAGAGUUCUCACUGAACUCAUUUACAGUAAGUCACACCAGCCAAGGCACAGGGUAACAUACAUCUCUGUAAAUUUUGUAAAAAUUACCUUGUCCUUCACAUACCUGAUCUUUUCAGAUAAAAAAUCAGUGUCAAGUGUGGGGUGAGUAGCGAAAAAGUGAGAUUAUACCUACCAAUGUGAGACACCCUGAGUUUAUGACUUUGGGGGAUGAACAACAACCCUGCCACCUGGGGAGGACCUUUAACCUCAAGCCGUACAGGAUGAUGCUGAGAAUAAUGAAUGGUCUCUUUCACACCAGUCCCAGCACCACAGCCUGGGAAAACAGUGAUAUCAUUUAUCUGUGUCAAACAACUGUCACUGGUGAUAUGACUUGCUUCUAUGUUUGUCAUUCUAUCCAUGGGCUGUGAAAAUAGAAAAACUCAUGUGAAUGUAGCUGGUCCUGAUAAUCUGCUCUGCUUGAUAUCCUCACUGCCUGUUCCUGAAUGUGACCCUUGGGUGCAGACAGACCAGCACAGCCUUGUUUCAGCUUCAGUGAUACAAAUUCACAUAGUUUGGAUGCUCAGACAGCUUUGGGUUAUGUCGAGUAUGGCCAUCAGGCAUGCAUCUGCUUGAUGAGACUUUCUUGAGGCUUAAUCAAAACACUGUAUGAUAAUCUAGAUCAAGCUUAACAAUAAAUCCUGAAGGAGAAUUCUCUGUGCACCUUUGUGUUACAUGUUUGUAUGUGUGGAGGAGUAUGUCAUGUUGUGGUUAACUAUUGGGCGUGGAUAUUGUUAUUUAGUCCAUCUGUUGCCUCUUUAAUUAUUGGCAACAACACCAAAGAUCAGCAGAUUAGUCUUACCCAUUUGUGUGUGGUGUAUGGGAAAUCGAUUAGCCUUAGAUGAAAUCCUAAUUGUCUGAAAGAUCUGUUGGUCCUACCAGAAUUUGGAACAGUUGCCUGAGUCUAAGACCUUGUGGAUAGUGUUUGAGGUCACUCCUGCAUGUUGGCCUCAUUCUGCUGCUGGCAGUCCUGGUGACAGCAUCCUCAAUAAGUGCUGUGCAAGAAAAGUCAAGCAUAUUUGCAAAAUAGCUAUCAACUCAAUAGAUGAAUAAGAUAUAUUUGAUAACAUCUGUAAACAAUUCUUGAUAAAAUGUUAGUAAAUCAGGAUUUAAAAGGUCUGUGUUAACUCCACCGUGGCCACCCACUGGAACCCACAGCAAACAUGGUUACCAGAGAAACUUGCGAACCAUUCUUAAGUGAAGAAUUUCUGGUAUUGGUGGUAUUUCACAACAUAAUAUGGGAGGCCCUGGACCAUAUGGUAAAAGUUUUUAAAAAUUAGAAUAAAUACUUAUUUGAAAAAAAAUUGAAAAGAUUUAUGGAAAAUGUCAUUACAUUAAAAACACAAAGGAAUCAAUAAUUAGAGUUUAGCAUGGUGUCCAAUGUAAAUAAAAAAGGAGAAAUAGAUCUAAAGAAGGCAUUGAUUUAAUGGAGGAAAUAGACUAUUUCAUGGAUUGGCUGGCAUGUCAUUACAAGAGAACCAUUGUAAAGGUUCUGGGAACGCGGGCUGAAGCAGGU